UAUCGCAUCACAUGACCUGGCUAUCCCCGUCGGCGAGUGGGGGAUUCGACUUUCCCGAGAAUUUCCCCCAGUAUCUCCGCCGUUUGACCCCCACUUGCAUUCCUCGAGUCACCCCCCAUGAUCACGGCAGUCUACAAUGUCUCCUUGACCCUUAGGUAACUAGUCAAUAUCCUCUACAAUCAGUAUCGAUGCUUACCGCCGGGACGGUUCGACACUCAGCCAUGAUAGGACCUGUGCGCCGACGUCGCAGACCCGCCGUCUCCUGCUCUCUCUGCAGACGGCGAAAGAUCAAAUGUGAUCGUCAGGCCCCUUGCAGAAAUUGUGUACGCUCGAAAAACGAGGCCCUCUGCGAAUAUGAUACUUCGGAGGUCCCUCAGCAUCUCCCGCCGACGUUUCGUGCCGCAGUCGCCCACGCGAUCCCCACGGAUAAUGAUCUGUCACGUCCCAGCCACACAGCCUCCUCCGUCUCGAGUCCUCACUCCACAGUGCAUGCCACAGUUUCCACCAAAGCUUCGACCAUCACCAGUCCCCACUCCGACCAGAAUGUGGAGGCCCUCAAAGACAGGGUUCGUCAGCUGGAACAGCGACUGGCGGAGACGGCAGCAAAGUCUGCAGGCGAGCCUCCACUGGCCCCUAUAGGUGAAGUUGUAACGGCAGGCUCAACCUUGACGGGGCUGUUCCACCUGCACAAUGAGACCAUUUUUCCCGGCCAAUCCCGAGCGAUCACUCGUAGCUUGAUGCACAAAUCGCGUCUCUUUGGUCAAAGUCACUGGAUGAACGGCAUGGCAACCGAGUUCUGGAAUCUUUUCCAAGUCCUCGAGACGCAUGCGCGGAAUGUCAAUAGUCAAGCAUUCUCCAAGCUGCAGAAAUGUAAAGCAAUAGGCAAGCUCAUCAAAGAUAGGCGGACACCCAGCUGGCCGGUGGUCACCGCUAUCCCCCUGCCUCGGAAAGAAGUGGCCGAUGAGCUUGUGGACUGCUACCUGCGCAGCAGCGAAGCCAUCUACCGCAUCCUGCACAUCCCCACCUUCCGCCGCGACUACGAUGCACUGUGGGUCGGUCACACCACGCCGGACUCUGCGUUUCUGAUCCAGCUCAAGCUCGUCCUGGCGAUUGGAGCGGCCACUUACGACGAGCGCUUCACCCUCCGUCCGUCCGCGAUAGCCUGGGUCUACGAGGCGCUGACCUUGCUCGCGAAGCCCGAGUACAAACUGCAUCUCAGCAUGCAGUUCCUCCAGCUCAAUCUGCUGGUGCUGCUGGCGCGCGAAGCCACCGGCAUCGGCGCCACGCUGACCUGGAUCCCUGCCGGGUCGGUCCUCCGCAUGGCGAUGCACAUCGGCCUGCACCGCGACCCAGACCAUCUGCCCAAGCGCACUCUGUUCGCCGCGGAGAUGCGCCGCCGGUUGUGGAACACCGUGCUCGAGCUCUCGCUCUCAUCGAGCAUGACCUCCGGCGGGCCCCCGCUGCUCUCGCUGGAAGACUUCGACACCCGCCCGCCCAGCAACUUCGACGACGAUCAGCUCACAAACGUCACCGACGCAGACCCCCCGACCCCGAAAGCAGACCACGCAUUCACCCAGACCUCCAUCGCCAUCGCCCUGCGCAAGACCUUCCCCGCCCGCCUUGCCAUCACCCGCGCCCUCAACAACCUCGACUCCAAGGGCACCUACGACGAAACGCUGCGUCUUGAUGCUGGGCUCCGCACCGCCUACAAGCAGCUCUGCCACUCCCUCCACCAGUUCUCUGCCAACAGCCCCAGCACCGAGACCACCGAGAAUUCCCAGCACCCCUCCCCCUUCUCCCUCCACCUCCUCGAUUUCCUCAUCAACCGCCACCUCAUCGCCCUGCACAUGCCCUACUUCAACCCCGCCCUCCACGACCCCGCCACCUAUGCCUACACCCGCAAAGUCCUCACCGAAACUUCCGUGCGCAUCUGGUGCACCGCCUACCCCACCUCCGCCAUCAUCCAGCACCCACUAACCCGACUACCCCUACCUUGCACCCCCUCCUCGGCAUCCCCUCCCCCCCACGCCCCCACCCCACCCGAUUCCCUCCUAUUAUUAUCAAGAUACAUCACCAACUUCGCCGGUCCCCUCACGCAAACCACCGUGCAAGUCUGCAGCCUCGCCGCCCUUGAACUCCGCGCUCAGGUCCAGGAAUCGCUGACCACCACGCCGUUUACUCCCGAUGGGAAUAGGGCGAGCUUCCCCAUCCGCACGGACCUGCUGACCAUUACCCGCGAAGCUAAGAGCUGGUUGCUGCGGUGUCUUGCGAGCGGGGAGACGAAUAUGAAGGGGUAUCUGUUGCAGUGUCUGGUGGAGGCGCAGGUGGAGGCGGUUUUGAGAAGGGUGCCAGCAGGAGAGUUGGGGGCGGUGUUGGUUGCGGCGGCGGAAGGGGCGGUGGAGGUGGCGUUGGGAGUGUUGGCGGGUGUGCUUGGGGAUGGGAAUGGAGGUGGGGAUGUAGCUGAUGCUGCUGCUGAGGCGGCGGCGACGGCGGCGGCUGGUGGUGAUGGUGAUGCUUCUAGUGGUACAGCUGGUGCUGGUGCUGGGGAUAGGAUUGAUGGUGGUAACUUUUCCGCAGGACAGCCAGGGAUGUCAGGGUCAACUGGUGGGGGUCCGCUAGCGGAGUCGAUGGGUGAUUGGGACUUGGAUCUUCUGACCUCUGAUGCUUUGUUUGGGAUGGAGGAUCCGGUGGGAGGUGGGGCAGGCUGGUUGGGGGACGAGGGGGCGUGGCAGGGUUCGUUUUUGUGGUAGAGCAGAUCUCCAGUCGGGGUAUAACUGUGUCUUGUGGGUACUCUACUCAUCUCC